ACUGCCUCGUCCCCGCCAAACAAGUGCUGCGGCUGCUGCUGCUGCUCCCGCCCUUGGUAGCCGUCCCACUUCCCCCUUCCCUCCUCCCGCACCACUCGCGCGCCGGUCGCAAUGUCGAGCCAGACGGGCAAGUGGCGCGAGGAGCAGGUGCUCGUCAUCUGCCCCGGCAGCCAGACCACGCUCGCCCAGCUGGGCUGCAACGAGCUCACCCCGCCCGCCCACCGCUUCCCGACGCGCAUGUUCAAGGACCCCGACUCGGACGACUGGCGGCCCUACCACACGUACAAGCGCAAGAAGGAGGGCGCCACCGCAGAGGGGGAGGAUGCGUGGGAGUACGUUGAGGACACCGACUCGGUCGAGGGCGCCGUGUACCCCAUCCAGGCCGGCCGCAUCGUCAACAUGGAGGCCUUCCUCGCCUUCCUCGAGCACGUCCACUCGCAGCUGACCACGACCUACCACAACACGCCGAUCAUGCUGAUGGCCUCGCCGCAGUGGUCGCGCACCGACUGCGAGGCCAUCGCCCGCUACAUCUUCGAGAAGACAAAGACGCCCGCCCUGUGUCUCAUCCACAGCGGCAUCGCCACCCAGUACGGCCUGAAGUGGCCCAGCAUGACCGUCGUCGACAUCGGGUACGAGAAGGUCGACGUGACUUGCAUCGCCGACGGGCGCGUAGUCUCGCACAAGGACGUGUCGCCUACGCAACCCGGGGACGGUGUCAGCGGCGGGGAGGUGUUUACGAGGAAGCUGAAGCAGCUGCUGGAGGAGAAGGGCUUCGACUACGACAUGGCCGAGCAGCUGAAGAAGAGCCCGGUGUGCGAGGUGCUGCCGUAUGCGCCGGACCGGCCGGAGCUGGCCGAGUUCCCGACGGAGACGGGCGCGGCCGGCGCUGGCCCAGCAGGCGAGGCGCCGAAGAUUGUGGAGCCCGGGCGGAGCUAUGCUGAUGAUGACACUGGCGCCAAUGGCGACAGCAAAGAAGUAGAGGAUGGUGUGCUGGAUGUUGCCAACAUCGUCGCGAGCGGGCAGACGAGGGAGUUCCUGGCGAAGAAGGAGAAGGAAAAGGCGGAAAAAGCGGCCAAGGCAGCCCGGAAGGGGAAGGACAAGGAAGGCGGCGACGCGGGCCCGGCGAAGCCGGUCAGGCUACCCAACUCGAAGAGGGUCAAGAACACGUUCCAUUACGAGGAGCUGGUCACCGAGGACGUGCCUGUCGCGGCGCCAGCGCAAGAAAGUACCAGCACAGACACCGCCAUGGCCGAUGCGCCGCUGGCCGAUGCGGCGCCAGCAGAUGGGGCGCCGGCAGAUGGGGCGCCGGCAGAUGGCUCAGCCCCGGCCGCGGCCGGCGAAGCACCCAGCGACGCACCCAAGACAGAGCCGGCCGAGCAACCACCACAACCGCAAACAGACGCCGCCGCCACUGGCGCAACCGAGCGCGUCACCCGGCGAGUGCGCCGCGACAUCGAGGUCGGCCUCGAGCGGUUCCAGUUCGCCGACCGGCAGGAGAUCGACCGCAUCGCGACGGCCAUCUACCGCGCGAUCCAGGACAUCGACGACCUGUACAUGCGGCCGGGCUGCUGGGAGAACAUCGUGUUCGUCGGCAACGGCGCGCGCAUCCGCGGCCUGCGCGACAACAUCAUGCAGACGCUGCAGGCGCGCCACCUCGUCUCGCCCAGCUCGGCCACCAUGUUCACCUCGGAGCUGCCCUCCAACAUUGGCACGCCCUCGGGCACGGGGUCGCAGACGCCCACCUCGUCCUACGCCGGCGGGCCCGGCGGGCCCGGCGGCGUCUCCUCGCUCGCCGGCGCCCCCGGCAGCGGCGUCAACCCGCUGCUGCAGGCCGCCACGACCGCCAGCCUUGGCGUGCCGGGCAGCGUCGUCAACGCCGCAGCCGGCGGCGGCGCCGCCAACGCGGCCGGGUCCAACGCCGGCGACGCCGCGGCCGCUGGUGCCGGCGGCGGCACCAGCCACCACUUCCACAGCCAGACGCCCACCACCAUCCGGCUCGCCCCGCUGCCGGCCUACCUGACCGAGUGGACCAAGCACGGCUUCGAGGAGGCCAUGUUCCUCGGCGCCCAGGUCGCCGCACGCAUCGCCUUCUGCAUCCACAACCUCGACGCCCAGGGGUUGGAGGCGCAGCGGCUCAUGAGUCUGAGUCGUGUUGACUAUAAGUGAGUCGUCCCCUCUUCCUUUCACGGCCCUCUUCUUCUGCAUGUGUGUGAUGCUGACGGUGCGUGCUAGUGAGCUCGGCCCAAAGGGCAUUCGGACGCAUUCAAUGCUCGGGU